AUAGCGACAAGUAUAGAGGAAAUUCACAAUAAAAAUACCGAUAUAUUUUAUAUAAAUACACAGCCAAAAUCAUAAAUCAUUUCUACACUGUUCACGGAAGAUGAGAGUGUUCAUCCAUUACUUAUUUAUUUGUAUUUUUCUACUCGGAUAUUUGCAAGGUAAAAACGUACAAUUAUUAUGCGGAAGUAAUUUACAGUUGUACAACCCGACGACUCAUGUGUGUGCCAACGGGCAACUGUUUAAAAGGUCAAACACGUCUUCACUCGGCCAAACAUCAACCUCCCUUGUCUCUUUCCGGAAACCAAAACCCAGCACAGAACAGAGACAAUCCAGAUUAUCAUGUCUGAUAUGCAGGUUAAGUAAUGACAUCCAUGAUCGUCGUUUUCCAAACGCCACAUACCAACACACACCUGUCAGCGACACGUCCUCCCAGCAACCAAGAAAUCACAUAUUUACAGUUAAGCCAGAGAUUUGUGUUAUUUCUUUGUGUACCGGAGCAACACUCCUAUAUUCAGGAAUAUUGAAAUAGACAAAAAGUUUAAAACGUGUAUUUCAUUGUUAUUUUUAUCGACAACAAGUACGUUAAACUGACAUGGAUUAGUGUUGUUUUUUUCCAGACUACUUUAGGGGAAUGGCGUUUUCUGAAAAAAAAUGUCAUUUUUUGCGCGCUGCCCUCUGGGGCACUAUUUUGCGCGUCGCCGUCCAUUAAAGAGCAUUUCAUGGCACCUCAGCAAAUAGGAUGUUAAGCAUAACACAUAUUCAAAAAUACAGUUUAUUUACUUCUAAAUAUUCAUUUAAAUAAAUGAGCUGGUAUACUUUUAUGAAAAUAGAAAAACAACCAUUAAGAAACCAUGACAUGAUCAGUGUCUUAUUUUUGUCAAUGCUAUAAGCUUUUUCACUUAGUCUUGGAAUACAGUUUUUAAUUUUUUAUUUUAACAUUCAUGUUAGGACAGUCUGUAAGGACAGUCUGAAUAGUGUCACACAUAAACACAAACCACAGACACUAGCCUGUAAGUCAGUCUCAUUCUAUAUUAGGCAUCUGUUUUUCUUGAGGAACUUUUUCACUACCUUUUUCAUGUCAAUAUCACUAGCACCCUUUGUGUUCAGUUUGACUAGGAGCAGUUUAUUUGAUGUGUUUACAUGUACCUGUUCAUGUGAUUGCUUACAAUCAGCUGAACAUGUGAGAACACCCGCUAUACAGGAGCAGUGGACAGGAUGAUGGUCAGGUGAACAAAGAACAGCUUGCUUAACAAUGGGUUGAUGACGCCAGUGGUUUCCUGAAAUUACAUAAGAAACAAAUUAUCAAUAACCGUGAAAUAUGAAAAUAUAUGCACGUUUAGAUCAAAAUAUGUGUUCACAGAUAAGAAUGUCAUAGAACAAUGGGUUUGUGUAGCAAACAGUCAAUAUGACUUCUUGCCGGUGAAUAUCAGAUCAUAUUCAAUGUCUCGCUAGUCAAAAACUGUAUAAUGUAUAUAUCUGGGUGAAAUAAAAGAAAUGUUAAGCAGAAUUGAGUAUGCAUCAAAUCCUUGAUAUUAAAGUUUGUUUUUCUACUUUA